CGCCUAUUGAUGCCGAUCGCAGGGGUUCGAUGCGGUGGUAUUAUUAUUAGCCCCCUCCUCCAACCAAAGCUCCCACGGCCUCCAACCGUCGGCCUCUUAAAUGGAGCUUUUCCGUCCGACGACCCCUUCUCAACCGAUUGCGAGCAAACUGUGACUGUUCAUGCUAUUAUGUUUUUCAAUAGUUGAUAACUCGUCCGGCAGCGAAAGAAAGAAUUCCCCCAGAGCACCAUGUCAGAGUCGACGACAUGCUACUACCGCAAUGGCACUGUCGCCGAAAACGAUACGCCCUGUGCCAACUCAGAAAUGUGUUGCCCCAGCGGUGACGCCUGUAUGAGUAACGGAUUGUGUCGCGACAAAAACAACUUCCAAAAUGGAUCGACGGUUACGUUUCCAGGUGGUGUAACGUACAAUUACACUGGUCUAUACUAUACCCCGUCUUGUCGGAAUGAGACCUACGAUAGCUGCUCUAUUCAAUGUACAACAUACGAUUCCUAUAAAGGGCAAUAUAUCUGGGCCUGCAACGCUGCGCUGACAAGUUAUUGCUGCCAUUUGGAUUCGGAUAACUUAGGCCAGGACGACUGCUGUUCUCACGGGAUAUUUUCGCUUGCUUCCCCUGUGAUCCUCGGCGACACAGUCAGUUCCACCACAGCCCCCACUAUGACCGCUGCGACGACUACCUCGGGUUCACCAGCAAAAACCGACACCAACACUACAAGUUCACCUUCUGUUACGUCGACUCCGAUAUCGACCCCCGCGCCAUCCUCGGCCGCUCCUCUUUCAUCUGGUGCAAAAGCAGGCAUCGGUGUUGGCGUAGCAGCCGCUGUCAUCAUCAUCAUUGUCUUAGCAGCUAUGUGGUAUCGUGCAGCUAGACGGAAUCGUCCACAAAUAAAUGCAGCAGGGGCCACAGUGACAACAUAUGAAAAGAGUGAACUGGAUGCGACCGUGCAAGCCCAAAGGUUAGAGCUUGAUGCAACAACGCAUGCAAACCGUCAGCAAGUCUUGAGUGAAUUGCCAGCCAAUUAAUAUAUUCAAAAUAUACAGGGCGUUCGGUGUGAAGAUACCUUGGUUUUCUAGCCUUGUCUCCUUACUCAACUAGCGCCCGUUGUAAGGAUAUUAAUGAUGUUCUGUAUCAAUUGAUAUGUUUAAUGCUACCUUCAUUAGAUCUAGACCAUGCCACCCAAAUAAACACUAUCCAGAUAGAA